AUGGCCGAGUGUUCCUUGGCAACACUGAGAGGCCAGCAUCAAGGGAGAUGGACCUGGUCCAACAGCAAGCUCUCCCUAAGGAAUAUGUCAAUCAUGGAUCCAAAGAGGAACUACUCCCUCAAGAUUCACCUUCCAUGUCAAUCCAGAGCAGCAAGAGAAUGGACAAGUGUUGCAUUUACUCCUUUUGGUUUUUGUGGAAGGGAUCACAGGGUGGAAACUUCAGUUAAAUGUUAUUGUUUGCAGCCACUCGUGGAUCCGGAGAGCAUGGUCUCACCAAAUCUAAUACUGUUUUCGGAUGAAGCUCUUCUCACUAUCAGCAUGGUUUUUGCAUAUUUGGCCGGAGUUGUACCCUCUGGGCAGACAUCUCCUCGUGUCAGAAAUCAGAAUGUUUUUCAACAUAUUCCAGAGCCAAGCUCCUCUCAUUCUGGUAGGGAUCUAAAGUUUUUACCUGAAAGGAAUGCUGCGUUUGACCCCAGUGAUUUGUGGAGUGAAGUUAGAGCUAAACUUUCCAGAGCCUUACAAGCACAUGUUCAAGAUGCCAGUUUUGAUAGCAGAGGGGAUGAACUCACAAGUGAUAGGAAAAACUAUCCUUUGAGUAUGCUUGCCAUUCAUGCUGGUCCCAGGUUGCGGCUUCUUCUGAUCACAUUCCAGCUUCUGGAAAUGGAGGUAAGAAAUAUCUUUGGAAGUUCUGAACUUGUUGAUGGAAUCACGUGGUUGCAAGUAUCGACUACCUUGAUAGAUGGUUUGAUUCAACCAGCAUUUGUGAAAUGGAUUGAAGAAGAACAGGCCUUGGAAAAUGGACAAAUCAACGAAAAACUUAUGAAGGCGAUAAGCAAUAAACUAAAGGAGGACAAUAAGAUCUUGAGGAGGUUUAACAGAUUCGGGAAAUCUGAACUCUAUUUGGAUAUGCUCUUUUUCCUAAGAUUUGGUUCUUCUAGGUCUGACAGCUAUUUUGAUGUCAAAUUCCUUGCUGAACAUGGAGAAAGAAUUUUAGAGGACCUUGUAAUUUCCUUAGCUGAUGUGAUUGCUAGUAUUUAUCUGGAGCUUAUGUCAGUUGAUGGUGAUAUGUCUACUGAAGUUGUUAGUUCCAGCUUAGUUCUAUGUUCUCUGUCAACCAGAGAACUUCAAAAGCUGCGCAAUGAGGUGGCAAUCAAUUGGUGGUUGCACCAAUACUUCAAGUCAGUUAUUUCAAUGUAUGAAGACAGGUUCGAGUUAUAUGUUCUAUGCAGCAAAAAAUGUGAAAAAACAGACGACAAUCAAGCUGAGAGGGCAAAUUGGUGGAGGAUUGCAUUUGGCAAGCCUAAUGUGCUUACUCUUGAUUAUGUUAACAUCAGUCCAUUUUCCCUUCCAGCAAGAAGGACAAAGGAAUUAAGAGCUUUGAUUGGAUGGAGGUAUUACUUCAGCUUAUUCUUAGAGUUGUCAGAUAUCGCCAUGCCCUUCAUAAGGGCUGCUAUCAGCAAAGUGAGCGCUGCAGUAUCCUACUUCUGGGUGUCCAUGAUUGGAAGGUCUCUUGGUCUGAUUUUCUCAGGGAUUAGACAAUCACUAGGCUGGAAAUGA